AUGGACAGUUGUUUCCCCACAGUCACCAACCAAGCCUACGAGCUGACUUAUUCCACAGAUUGGGAAGACCUGGUGGAUGCAUUUGGGCCAAAUUCCUCUGAGGCGUCUGGCGACAAUUACUACGAGGACUUUCCUGAGCCCUGUCAUGGCACCUAUUGCUCCACUGUGGGCCCCUUCAUCCCAGGCUUCCUGGCCAUUGCCAGCUGCUUGGGCGUCCUCAGCAACACGGCCCUUGCCAUCAGCCUGGCCACCCGCCCUCCCCUUUGGGGCCAACGACACCGCCCGGGAAGAACGGUUCUCUCCCUGAUGGCGGCAGCCUCCGCCAUCUUUGCCGCCAUCUUGCCAUUUUUUGCCGUGGGGUUCCGCCACCGCUGGAUCUUCGGAAGCCAUUUCUGCCGGGUGGCCCGCGUCCUGAAGUCCGGCGGCCUCUUCGCACAGGGGCUGUUGGGGGGGGGCAGCGGCCGGGCUCCCCCCAGCUGGCUCUUGCCCACAGCUCUCUGGGCCACCGGCUUCGUUCUGGCAACGCCGGCAGCCGUGAUCAGCAGUCCAGGGGAAGUCUGUGUCUCCAGCCAAGAAGCCCAGCUGCACCUGUGGUCGUGGGCUCACGGCCUCUUCUGCCUGGCCCUCUUCCUCUUCCUCCCCCUGGUGGCGGUUUUGGCCACAGCAAAUCGGAGGCGGCUCAGGUGCGGCGGCAAUCUGCAUCUUGGCAUAACUUGGGUGUUUUACCUGUUCUGGGCACCCUAUGGAGUGGCCAUGAUCCUGGACAGGCUGGUUCAGGAGAACCAGCUCACCCGCGACUGCCAUCAGCAGGAAUUUCUCGACUACUUCCUGGGCUUCUCGGAAGCACUGGGUGUCUCCCAUUGUUUUCUGUGCCCGGUGUUAAUUCUAGGCGUCUCUUCAGGCAGGGUUGCUCAAUGGGCGUCCUCAUCCUGCUGACAGCUUGCUAUGAUCUCCAGGCACCAGCAUUCAUUUUGUAUCGGCUUCUGCUUCGUUUUGAAUCGGCAUUACAGCAUCCCAAGUCGGGGCCCGACUUGGGACACUGUAAUGCCCAAGCUAUAUCCGCACUGUAUAAAAAGUAAUAUUCUGCACCCAUGCCAUCCCAAAUUCUGCUCCUUCCACAUUCUGCGGCAAAGGACCAUAGAGUACUAGAGCUAGAAGGAACCUUGAGGGUUUCUAGUCAAACUCCCUGCUCUGUGAAGGAAACUGUUCCCGCAUCCCUGAGAGAUGGCCAUCUAGCUCCGACAAAGGAGAACCCACCACUGCUUCAUGAGGCAGGCUGUUCCCCUGUUUAUCUUUUCUCUCAUUUUCGCAUAGCAGUCACGACACAGGGCAACAUGCGGUACAGAAUCCCUGCUUCCCAAAUAGACAUUUUGAGAGAGAGAGAGAGAGAUUCGGUCCUCAGUGCUGGGGGUCAGGGGUUAACCAAUGAUUUGACUCAAACCCCGAGUCUGAACCAAAGCACCAGCACAGGGAAGUUAUUUCAGUGAACUGAAACUGAAUAUCUGGAUUAGUUUAUUGUUACUG